AUGUCGACCAAGAUCAUUCCCUCGUUAUCGAUUCUGAAGGGGCUAUUGGGAUCCAAUGAUGAUGUAGCUCGGCUUUUGAAGAAAUGCUCAUGGUUUGUGACUGCUGAUUUGGAGAAAACCUUGAUGCCCAAUGUGGAGACCUUGAAGAGCUGUGGUAUACCGAUGGAGCGCGUUCUUCACUUCCUCCACACUCACCCGAGGGGCUUCUUGGUGAGGUCGGACAUCGUGAGGAAAUCUGUGGGCAAGGCUGUGACAUUCGGUGUCCCACACACUUCGUUGGCAUUUAUCCGAGCUGUCAUUGUGUUCAAUCACACGAGCGAAGGGAUGUGGGAAGCCAAGCUGCAGACUCUCCGCAGAUUAGGAUUUGGGGAUCAUGACAUACGCACGAUUUUUAGGAAGCAGGCACAGGUUUUCUCAGCAUCGGGGAAGAAAAUGAGGGAGGUGAUAGAGUUUCUGCUUGCUACCGGGAAGUACGAUACAUCCAGUAUUGUGGCCUCUCCGUCAGCACUUGUGUGCAGUAUCGAGAAGAGGCUUGAGCCGCGGAUGCAGAUUCUGAUGCUUUUGGAGAGUCGGGAUCUGAUUAAGAAGUGGCCGUGUCUUGCAGUCGUUUCUACGUUGACAGAUGCUAGAUUUUUUUACAGAUUCGUUCGGCCUCAUUAUGAUUUGAUUGAUGAUGAACACAUCACGAAGCUAUUUGUUGAAAGCAUAAAGAAAUGA